UUUACGCAUAGCGAGGGACGAGUAACGACGACGCUGUUUGUUGGAGCUUUAGAACCAUCCACACACACAUUGUAAAAACCCACUCACCGACUCUCUCAAUCUCUUUUCAAUAACCGUGUCAGAUCAUCAUUUCCAAAGAACCAACAAUUUCCACAAAGAAUUUAGGGUUUUUAUUUGUCAGUUUUAUAUGAUAUGAUCGUAUAAUUUUCAAUCAAGAAUGGAAUCGCUCUGCUUUCACGAUGGCAACAUCGCCGACUUCAUUGAUACUCGAACUCUACACGUUCGUUCCGAUAUAAAUCACAGUCUACAGAUGCAUUCAUCAUUCAUUAGAAGGCUUUCUCUGGAAAGAGAACUGGAGGCGCAUCAGGGAUGUGUAAAUACUAUUGCUUGGAAUUCAAAAGGCUCACUAUUGAUAUCUGGAUCUGAUGAUGCUCAUGUAAAUCUUUGGAGUUAUGAAAGCCGCAAGCUUUUGCAUUCCAUUGACAGUGGUCAUAGGAAUAAUAUAUUUUGCACAAAGUUUGUUCCUGAAACAUCUGAUGAGUUGGUAGCAUCUGGAGCUGGUGAUACUGAAGUUCGACUAUUCAAUUUGUCUCGCACACAUGAAGAUACUGCUAGUAACCUAUCGGCUCAUUUUCAAUGCCACAGCAGGAGAGUUAAAAAAUUAGCUGUAGAACCUGGUAAUCCGAAUGUUGUCUGGAGUGCCAGCGAGGAUGCCACUCUGAGACAGCAUGAUCUCCGGGAGGUCACUUCUUGUCCCCCUGCUGAAUCUUCUCACCAAGAAUGUCGUAACAUAUUACUCGACUUGCGAAGUGGAGCAAAGAAGUCAUUAGGUAGUCCACCUAAGCAGUCACUUAUGCUGAAGUCUUGUGACAUCAGCAGCACCAGGCCUCAUUUGCUCCUUGUUGGUGGGAGUGAUGCAUUUGCUCGUUUAUACGAUAGACGCAUGCUUUCACCACUGUCUUCCUGCAGGCGACAGCUGUCACCACCCCCUUGUGUUAACUACUUCUGCCCAAUGCAUCUUUCUGAUCAUGGACAUCAAGGCUUGCACCUGACGCAUGUUGCAUUUAGUCCAAAUGGAGAAGAGGUUCUUCUCAAUUAUAGUAAAGAACAUGUCUACUUAAUGGACGUAAAUCCUGUUCACCCGAGUGCUAUGCGGUACACAUCAGAUGAUGCAAUGAAGUUUUUCAAUCCAACUGGGAUACUGAAGGAGGUGCAAUCAAAACCACCAGUCUCUGAUUUCUUCCCAAAUCGUUUUCCUGCAAAGAGGAAUCUUGCUGCUAGGCUUGACCAAUGCAGAAAACUGAUUCAGAUUGCAGAGAAGUCUUUAAAAGAGGGUGCCAACUAUUAUUAUGGGAUUGAGGCUUGCAAUGAUGUUUUGCAUGGUUAUGGUCAGAUUGGACAUACUCUGAUGCAUGAGUGUUUGUGUUUGCGGGCAGCAUUGCUUCUCAAGCGGAAUUGGAAAAAUGAUGCUCAUAUGGCUAUAAGAGACUGCUAUAGAGCUGUGGAGAUUGAUCCUACUUCAGUUAGAGCACUCCUAUGUAUGGCUGAAGCUCUAUUACAGUUGGGUAAACACAAAGAAGCUAUGGAGUUUGCUAUUGGUGGUCAGUUUUCAGCUCCAUCUAACAUGGAAGCUGCUGAAAUGGUGGAGAAGAUAAAAAAACGGAUGGAUUUAGUUGAAGCUGAAGCCUCCAACAAGGCGGCAAAAGGAGGUCCUAGAUUUGAAACAAGAAGUGGUGGUGGUGGUAGAGUAAUAUCUCUGAGUGACAUACUGUAUCGAGCAGAUGCAAUUGGUGAAGAAGACACUUUGCAACCUCUGUCUGGAAGUGGAAGAGAAGACUCCGAUUAUGAAGAAGAAGAGUUGGAACUUGAAUUUGAAACUUCAGUGUCAUCAGGUGGUGAUGAAGAAGAAGAAGAAGAAGAAGAAGGCCAUGAAUCAGAAUCCAACAAUUUGCAACCGACUUUAAAUGUCAGAAUCCACAGAAAAUUCGAUUCAACCGUAAAUACCCGCCAUACAACUACAACUACAAGCAGCAGCUCUUGUGGAUCACCAAAAUCAUCUCCUCGAAGCGAUAAACUCACUCGUCAGAAUGAGAGGGCGAUAGAUAUGAAGCAACAAUACAUUGGUCAUUGUAACAUAGGGACCGACAUUAAACAAGCCAGUUUUCUUGGCCAAAAAGGCGAGUAUAUUGGUAGUGGAAGUGAUGAUGGUAGAUGGUUUAUAUGGGAGAAGAGCACGGGUAGACUAAUAAAAGUGCUUACUGGAGAUGGGGCUGUGGUAAACUGUGUGCAAAGUCAUCCGUUUGAUUGCGUUGUAGCGACUAGCGGGAUAGAUAAUAGCAUCAAGAUGUGGAGCCCGCUUGCUUUGGCUCCAUGUGUUGUUGAUGGAAUAGAGACAGAGAGCGGUGAUAUCUUGGAUAUAAUGGAAGCCAAUCAACGCAGAUUAUCCAAUAACCGUGCAGUAUCAGUUCCGUUUGAUGCAUUAGAAGAGUUCCGGAUGCAUGAGUUUCCUGAUGGAACACUGCGCCCUUUUGAGUGUGUACAAAGCUAAGCUAGUUUAUAACCAACCCAUGUUAACCUUUUGUCUUAAAGUGUUUUAUGAUGGAUGAUGGAUGAUGGAUGAUAUGCUUCUUGUGAGCCUGUUUUCUUUUUGACGGAUUUUGAGAAUUUUUUCUUUUUUCUGCUGGUACACGAUCAGACUUGUAUGUACAGUUUAUUAUUAGUUAAAAUACCAAUUAAUAAAUAAAUCUCUUAUGCUUUUUAACACAAACAA